UUGCAGUUCAAGGAUGGGGGAGAUGCGUCGCAUCCGGUUUUGGGACGCUACUGUAACAGCAAACGGCCUGAUGGACCAAUAGUAUCCUCCGGACCUAAGAUGGUUAUCCAGUUCCAUUCUAAUCAGUCCGUCAACGGCAAAGGCUUCAAAAUUCAUUAUUCUGCUGGUAUGUUUUGUACUUUCAAGGAAUGGAUGAAAUGCCUUGUUGCAGGAUGA